AUGUUCAUGUACCAAAAUGACAUUGAUUUGAACAAGAGCUGCUCUAUAAAUAGUGAAUUUGGGGAGGUCAAACUUGUUAAGAAGGAUGUAUAUAGUUUGGGAAUUGUGCUUCUAGAGCUAAUUACAGGCAAGGAGCCAAGUCAGAUAACUAAUUUUCUUAACUUUCAGGAAUCAAAAUUUGAUCUGUAUGAUGUCAUUGAUAAAUCUUUGUUGGGGAAAGGAUAUGAUGGUGAAAUAUUUCAGUUCCUUAGGAUUGCUUGUAGCUGUGUUCAGCCUUGUACCGAUCAAAGGCCAACAAUGCUUGAAGUGUGCAAGAAAUUGAGGGCUAUCAGGGAGAGAAAUUGCCUCACUGUUAAAGAUGAUUUUAAGUUAGUAAGGCAACCUGAAAUUGCUGCAUCUAUCAUUGAAGACGAUGUAAUCGUUACGGUUCACACAGACUGA